GAAAAAAUUGGCAUAAACAGGAACUUUCAUGGCAUGAUUUCUUAAAUGCCACGACUAGGCGGAAGUAUAGAUAUUCUCCGGCUGACAACAGUUUGUUUAGUGACUGUCCAAAGUUACGAUGUCACUGAAAAACUUACGACUGUUUUUCACAGCAUCCCCCAUGCUCAAAAUUCAGGCACUUGGCAAUUGAUUCGUAUUUAUGACGGUCGCAGUUGCAUCUCUCCAAAAGGAAAAGGGAGAUGCAAAUGCAACAGGUAAGGGGCUGAACUAGAAGACCUCCAAGGUCCCUUCCUACUCUGCUCUUGUUAUGCUGUAUGAAAGUGUCUCCUGCUUGAGCAGGGGGCUGGACUAGAGGACCUCCGAGGUCCCUUUCCAACUCUGCUCUUGUUAUGCUGUAUGAAAGUGUCUCCUGCUUGAGCAGGGGGCUGGACUAGAGGACCUCCGAGGCCCCUUUCCAACUCUGCCAUUGUUAUGCUGUAUGAAAGUGUCUCCUGCUUGAGCAGGGGGCUGGACUAGAAGACCUCCGAGGCCCCUUUCCAACUCUGUUAUUCAACACAGCAAGGAUGCUACAGGAAGAGACUAAGUAAAACGCCCUACUACGCAUGUGCAAAAAACAAAACAAACCCCACGAACAUGCGCAUGCGCACACAGAUAACACAGAUUCUGCGACCCGCUCUGCGCAUGCGCAGCUAGCGUCGAGCGUUCGGUGCCCGAACCGAGGGGAAAUGAAAGGAAAGAAGGUGCUCCGGUGGUGCAGAAACCGUCCGGCCCAUAAUAAAACUCGUCCCUUCUUUCGGUUUGUCAGGUUCUUUUUCUCAGAAGAUGGGAGAGAGACUGUGGGGAGUGCAAUAUUGUCGCCGGUGGCUGAUAUCGGCCUUGGGCAGGCAGAACAAAAUUAAGCCCAACGCUCCGAGUUGUGACACCUUACUGUUGCCUGAAAAAUCGAAGAAACACAGAGUAGUUAUUCCUUGGUCGACCCAUUUCAAAGAAGAGCAUAAAAAAGUCACCAACCUUUAUGUGAACAACAAAAUACGGACGACAAAAUACCGGUUUUGGUCCUUUAUACCUAGGAAUCUUUUUGAACAGUUCCAUAGAGUUGCCAAUCUGUACUUCCUAUUUAUAGUGCUGCUUAACUGGGUUCCAGCGGUGGAGGCUUUUAGGAAGGAAAUCACCAUGAUCCCCCUGUGUGUGGUUCUCACCAUUAUUGCAGUGAAAGACGGCCUGGAGGACUACACAAAGUACAAACUCGACAAGAAGAUAAACAAUUUCGUCACCAGAGCAUAUUGUAGAAAAGCGAAGGACUACGUGAAUAAGUUUUGGAGCGACGUCGCCGUGGGUGACUUUAUCCGACUGUCGUGUAACGAGGAGAUUCCAGCGGACAUGAUCCUGAUCUAUUCCAGCGACGGGGAUGGAAUCUGCCACCUUGAGACGUCAAGCCUGGACGGAGAGACCAACCUGAAGCAGAGGCAGGUGGUAAAAGGCUUUGCUGAGCAGGCCUAUGAAAUUAAUCCAGAAGACAUUAUAUGCAGAAUAGAAUGUGAGACUCCUAACAAUGACCUUACCUCCUUCCGGGGCUUCAUUGAGAAUGUGGAUCAGGAGCGAGUGGGCCUAAAUAAGGACAACCUCUUGAUGCGUGGAUGUAUUGUCAGAAACACCGAAGCUGUUGUCGGGAUUGUGGUGUACGCAGGUCACGAAACAAAAGCCAUGUUAAACACAACAGGAGCUCGCUACAAGCGAAGUAAACUGGAGAAGAGAAUGAACAAGGACAUCCUCUGGUGUGUGUUGCUUCUAAUAGUGAUGUGUUUUAUCGGGGCGAUCGGCCACCGGCGUUGGCUAAGUGCCAGCAAGAGGCCCCCUCUCUACGCAAGCGGGAAAGAACUCCCUGUAGAAUUGGGAGGAUUUUUAAUGUUCUGGACGAUGAUCAUUUUAUUGCAGGUCUUGAUCCCAAUCUCUCUCUACGUAUCCAUUGAAUUUGUCAAGCUGGGACAAAUCUUUCUGAUACGAAAUGACCUGGAUUUAUACGACGAAGCCUCCGAUCGAAAGAUACAGUGCGGAUCGCUGAAUAUCGCAGAAGAUCUGGGCCAGAUCGAAUACAUUUUCUCAGACAAAACCGGAACGCUGACAGAGAAUAAAAUGGUGUUUCGGAGAUGUAGCAUUGCGGGAUUAGAAUAUGGCCAUGAAGAAAAUGCCAAAAGACUGGAAACGUAUCAAGAUUACGAAGAGGAAGACGACGAGGCAGCUUAUUUUUCUUCCCACUCUUCGCUGAGGCACGCAGCCAGGCCGAGGUUCUUCAGCCACAGGUCCAGUGAAUUUCUGAAUUCCCGGAUUCUUCAAAAGACCAGCAGCAUGGGACUUGGUAGCUGGAGACAUCUCGCUUUCAGCAGCCCUCUGGAGACGGAUGUUGUGCCAGAUAUGCGACUAUUAAAAAAAGUGAACCGGAUCUCAUCCAGAGCAUACUCCUACCCAGGCAAACAGAAACUGAUCCCGGAAAUAGUGUACAUCACUGAGUUCUUCAUAGCCCUGGCAAUUUGCAACACGGUGGUCGUCUCAGAACCUGACCAACCACGACUUAAGAGGAGGUGGUCUUCCAUGGUCAAGAUGCCGGCUUUAAACCUGGGCGAAUUUAAAAAUAUCUUCCAAAGGUUGUCGAGCCGCAGAAUGAGCUUGCAAAGUCCAGAUUCUUCGGGAGGACAAAAAGAGAGUGCCAAAAACCCCGAAAAGUUAUCUGUUCAUGUGAAGUUUCCGUCUUCGCCAGCACAGAUAUUGGACACUCUGGAAAUGCCAGCGGGGUCCCCUAGCCCCAAAAAGUCAGACAUUUUAAGAUUACCGGAAGACCGCCCAGACCGAUUGUCGUACGAGUCAUUAAAUAUUCCAGAGAUAUGUUACGAGGCCGAGAGUCCCGACGAAGCGGCCUUGGUGCACGCUGCCAGGGCUUACCAAUGCACCUUGAAAGCUAGAAGUCCCGAGCAGGUGCAGAUCGACUUUGCGUCUUUGGGAAUGCUAACGUUCCAGCUUCUGCACCUGUUGCCUUUCGACUCCGUCCGGAAACGUAUGUCCGUGGUGGUGAAGCAUCCCAUGUUAAACCAAGUGGUGGUGUACACAAAAGGAGCAGACACCACCAUCAUGAAUUUGCUGGACCUGGGAUUAACAGGCAAAGAUAAGAUAGGGGCACAGAGGAAGAUAGUCCAAGAAAGAACACAGAGGCACUUAAAUGAUUAUGCCAGACAAGGACUACGCACGCUUUGUAUCUCUAUGAAGGUGCUGAGCAACGAGGAAUAUGAAGAGUGGCUGAAAGGACAAUAUGUAGCCGAGAGCAGCAUAGAAAACCGAGAGCAGCUACUUCUGGAGUCAGCGGAGAGACUUGAAAACAAAUUAAUUCUGCUGGGCGCCACUGGAAUUGAAGACCGGUUGCAAGAAGGCGUUCCAGAAACCAUAGCAGCUCUCCGAAAAGCGGGAAUUAAUAUUUGGAUGCUAACCGGCGAUAAAAAGGAGACGGCCAUCAAUAUUGCUUAUUCCUGCAAAUUAUUGGAUGGAUCGGACAAGCUUUUCACCCUGGACAGCGAGAAUUUGGAGACCUGUGCCCUUAAAGCAAAAAGCAUUUUGGAAGAGAUCGGGAUCAGGACUGGCACCCCAAAGCCGGGCAACACCCCAGGAACGGCGGCUUCCGCCAUGAGCUUUGCCUUAAUCAUAAACGGGCCGACGCUGGACUUUGCUCUGAACAAAAGGGUGAAGGACACGUUCAUGCAGCUUGCAAGGAAGGUCCGAGCGGUCAUCUGUUGCAGGGCCACCCCCCUGCAGAAGAGCAAAAUGGUGAAGGAGGCGCAGAAGGAGCUACAGGUGAUGACGUUGGCGGUCGGUGACGGGGCCAAUGAUGUCAGCAUGAUUCAGGUGGCGGACAUUGGAAUUGGAAUUUCCGGGCAAGAAGGCAUGCAGGCUGUGUUAGCCAGCGACUUCGCAAUUUCUCAAUUCCAGCAUCUCAGGAAGUUGCUAUUUGUUCAUGGCCACUGGUGUUACACCCGACUGGCUAACAUGAUCCUCUACUUCUUUUACAAGAACGUGGCAUACGUCAAUCUCCUGUUCUGGUACCAGUUCUUUUGUGGGUUUUCAGGAACUCCCGCGAUUGAUUAUUGGAGUCUGAUUUUCUUCAAUCUCCUCUUCACAUCGGUACCACCCGUCAUAUAUGGGGUUUUAGAUAAAGAUGUCUCUGCAGAAACUCUCCUGAACCAUCCGGAGCUUUACAAAGCCAGUCAGAAAGAUGAGCCAUAUGUGGGCGUAGCCUUUGCAAUGAACUUGGUGGAUGCCUUUUACCAAAGUCUGGUUUGCUUUUUUAUCUGCUACUUUACAUUCCAAGAUUCUGAUGUAGAUAUCUAUUCUUUUGGAAAUCGUAUGAAUACUACCAUGUUAUUUAUAAUACUACUACAUCUUCUGAUUGAAAGUAAAAAUGUGACUGUUAUCCAUUUCUCUGUUUUGGGGGGUAGCAUCUUCCUAUAUUUCUUAAUUCUUGGGCUGCUGGGAGCUUUCUGUGUCCUCUGCAACCCACCAGCAAAUCCCUAUUGGAUUAUUCAGAGGCAAUUAAUGAAUCCGACGUUUUAUCUUGACUUCAUGAUCGCAGUUAUUCUGGCUUUGCUUCCAAGGUUCCUGUUCAGAGUAAUCGAAACCACCGCGUUUCCAAGUCCAUUAUUACAAGCCCGGAUUCGUGAACAUCAAAGCCACGCACAACAGAAGAGUGGACAACAAACACACACACACAAGUCUACAUGAAAACGAAGCGUUACUUAUGGAGCCCAGAUGGGAGUGUAUUAAAAUUUAUCUUUCUCCGA